GGCAUACCAAACAAAAGUGGGAAACAAUAAAAGCUUCAAAAUUAAAGAGAGCAGAAAUCCUUCUCUCUCUUUGAUUUACGCGCAAGAUUGCCAUGGCGUGCCCCGCGAAUUCAAUCCGCUACAACGCGACUAUGUGCGCGUGUCCGCCGGGGAAUCUGCUGAACCGGACCACCAACAGCUGCGCGUUAUUCACCGGGAACUCAACGAUUCUCAUCGAAUCAGGUGACUACGAGGCGGUUUCGUUCCCGGAGACAAUUUUCUCUUUCGAUUCCAUCAAGAAGUUAACGCAAUCGCAGGCCGUUUUCUUGGAGGCCACGCUAGUUAUGCUGCUCUCCUGGCUAGUCUUUUGCUUUUUCUUGAGGUUCAUGGACAUCGGCGAAGGCAGGAGUAUAUGGUUCAGGCUCAGGUGGUGGAUCAGUAGACUCGAUUUUUGCUUUGCUACAAGGCAUUGGCUGGAUGAUCAGAAAGUUGUUGUGAAGCGGAAAACAGAACUUGGUGGGACAUUCUCGGUAGCAAGUUGGAUACUUUUUAUUGGUUUAUUUGCUGCGUUGCUUUACCAAAUCAUAAUGAAGAGGACCAUUGAGGUGCAUAACGUGAGAGCAACUAAUGCACCUGACCUUGCAUCCUUCAAUAAUGACAUGGAAUUUAAUAUCACCACAAUAUCUAGUAUGAGCUGUUCGAGCUUGCGUGAUCUUGGCACCUUAGUUACUGGGAAUCCUGGCUCUAUUGAUUAUAGAGUCAGUCCUCUUGCGGAUUUUGUUAACUAUGACUGUCUAAACACGAGUAUGGGGCCGACCAUAACUUUUAAAUGUAGCAAUUGUCAGCUUAACCAUGACUCUACGUAUAUUUCAUGGCAUUUUAUUGAUCUACCGAAUAGCCCUGCAGCUGCUGUCGGUUUUCAGUUCAAUCUCACCAUGAAAGGUCAUGCUAAUAAUAGGAAACAUGUGAGUUUUGUGAGUGGCAUGCUGAAGAAUGGAAGCACUUUUGGCGACAGACCAGUUACAUUCAGAGGGCCAGAGACAAAUUUAUUGAAAUUCAAUUUAUUUCCACGAAUAUACCAUAAUCUACAUGAUCUAAGACUUAUCCAACCUCUCUUUCACGAUUUCCUUCCGGGUUCAUUUGUCCAUGAGACAAGUCAACUCCAAGCUUCCCUUCAGAGUUCCACUGCUGGAAUAGUUAACACCACAUUGUGCAUCAACUACCUUUCCUCCUACGUCAUUGAGGUCAAGAAGCAAAAUAUUAUGGGUCCAGUGAGCUUCCUUGCGGAUCUUGGUGGCCUAUAUUGCAUUAGUAUCAGCAUAUUUUUAUACUUACUGGUGCAAUGUGAAUUCAGACUAAAAAAACUGCGUAAUGAAGAUAGCAAUUUGCGAAAUAUAAGAAAUCGACGGAAAGCUCAAGAGCAUUGGGACAAAUUGAGGAAAUAUGUGAUGUACACAUGGGGCUGUAGCAAGAUGGAUCUUGAGAGUAAAAGCACUAAAAAGGGAUCAGGCUGCAGUGAUUUCAUGAUUCAAUCUUUUCAUAGAAAUGGAUUGCCAAAUGGAAAUGGUUCAUCCAGGAAACAGAGGCUGCAAAUUAAAAUGGACUCCAUAAAUUUCAAUAGAAGCGUCGGCUUACCUUUGAAAAAGAUUGCCACACAAGAAACACAAACUCAGGGAGUGAAAUCUCUAAGCGCUGGAACUGAAUCUGAGAGGAGGUUGUCAGAUGCAAUGGGACACCAACAUCUCAAACGUGAAAUGUUGGAUUCUACCAAUGAUGGGAUGCAGCAAUCUAUUGCCUCAUGUGAGGGGGACGCUUCCCAGAUUCCUGCAUGUUCUCUUACUGACGACCUUGUUCCUUUGCCUCCACCGCUAGAAUUGAAGCCUAGUUCUGAAGUAGGGAUUAAUGAUAUUCAGAAGAAUCUCCAGAAUUUAUACGACUACAAUGUCAUGCUGAGGGAAAAGCUUGUAGCCACUCAAUCCUUGGUCCGCGCUAUGGCAUCACAUUCCUCUGCUCCAUUUAAAGAAACCAAAACAUAGCAUCGUGAAGCUGACAAAGUAGGAGUAAUUACUCUACAUAACGUUAAAGUUCUGCCUGAAUUUUCCCGAUGGCGUGGUAAAAAUUCCUUUAGAGGCUAGAUUUGGGAAGAGGCUUUGUAGAAAGAUUUGGGGGAUCCAUCAUCCUAUAGUGCUUCACAUGCCUUUAUACUUCAGGCUAAAUCUUACAGUUUUCAAGGCCAAUGCUUCUGCAACAGAUUUGCCUGGACUUGCUGGACUAAGAGAUCAACUUUGUCAAGGGUUCUUCAUGGACUUGAAGCUAGUAUGGUGAUGCACUGAGCAUAUAGGCAAUGGACCGGCUAUCUGGAUGAGCUUCGCAGUGUAACUUCGAUAUUGUAGGGCAUUGUAACUUGUAAGCCUCAAAACAUGUAUAGUCCUACUGACUCAGUUGUAUAUGAAACCUGAAUAGGAUGGAAAAAGAAGAAUGUCUUAUUCUUUUCAAUUAACCCUAAUAAUUUUCUGA